AUGUUCCCAUGGCCACACGCAGGAAGAGUAGAAGUGAGACAUCGAUUAGCACACACAAUAACCGACAUAGGAGUACUUUAUUCAAUGACUGUCUCAUCGCUGUUAAAAGAAACCAAAUCCAAUUCACUAAGCACAACCAAACCAUUUCGUAAGUUGGUUUCACGAAUCAAUCGAUCAAUCGGCAUUGCACGAUUAUUAUUGUCAAGAACAGUUUACGAACCACCAUUACGUGGAAAUUAUCCCGAGGAAAAAUAUAAAAGGAUGAUCGAUAUAGUUGAAAACAUGUUGAAUUUAGUUUGUGGAAUUGAACACGAAUUGUUGAGUUUGAAUGGAACAGAGUGGAAAACAGACUUGGCUGAUGUUUUAUCACCAGCAAAAUGUCACUACGUCACACACAUCUUGACCGCAUUUCAUAUCUUGGGGACAGCUUUAGAAAAUCGUGUUAGUCUACCACCUUAUAAUAUUGUGGCAUCUGGUGAUGCGAAAUUUGGAUUGGCUGGAAAAAUAAGUUAUAAGAUCAGUAGAACUGCGUCCGGAUUAUCAAAACAUAACUUUGAAACGCCGGCUUAUGCAUGUUAUUGUGCUUAUUUGAUAAAGUCUAGUCAUCUAAUUAAUGAGUUGAUGAAGUUGGUUGGUGUCGUCAAAAGUUUAGUUGGUGUUAAUAGAUAUGUUAAAGAGUUGAUUGAUUUUUAG